CUGGUUAGAACAGAACUCUAGCUUUUCUUUAAUAAUGCCAGAGGAGGAGAAGAAACCGUCCAUGGUUCGACGGCUUCCCCGCAAGCUCUUUACUCUCGACUCUCGACGCAAACCAUCUGUCUCAGACAUCACAGAAAAGGACCCGGGUCCUUCGUCAAAUGCAUCGGAGACAUCGAGACCAACCAGGUCAGGACAUAAGCAACGCAAUCCCAGUGCUUCGUCUGCCCAGACCUCGUAUACGGUUCAAACGGACUUCACGAGCUUUAUGGAGCGAACGCGUACACUGGAUGAAACCGACCCUUUCGGAGACGAGACUAUUGGUGCCGGAAACGUAUCGGGAGGUUGGAUGGGCGGGAGUAUACUCGAGAGUCCCAGUGAUUCGGACGAGAACAAGGCCUUCAAUUUCUCAGGAUCCGGUACGCCCAAUCCACCUCGACCUGCUAGCCCAUCGGGCAUGUCUUCCAGGAGUUGGAGCCGACCUGCCAGUCCUUCUGGAGGUGGGAGCUCUUCGAGUAGGUCUGCAAGUCCGGCUGCUUCGAGCGAAAGGCUACCAUGGCGAAAACCGUCGAAGAAGCCAUCGCUACUAGCAGCCCAUUCGAAACUAUCAAAAGAGUCAACAGCACCUGAACCUCCCUCUCCAUCCAGGCUUCGUUGGGACCACGUCCGACAACAUGUUUUGCCUGUUCAAACUAGGAUAGCACCGCCUCCACCACCCACUCCACCGCCCGGGUCCAUCGUCGUCCCAUCUCGUCCUUCCACGCCGAAGCAGUUCAGGAUCGGGAAGGCGAGGCUAGGGUUCAAGCAGGUGGUAGAACAGGCGCAGGAUGCUAGUGAGGACCAUAUGGAACAGUUCGCCUCAUUGAUCACCGAACUUUGCUGGAAGGCACGAACCGGAGAGACGAGAGGACAGAGGGCGGAAAGUGGAGGUGGUAAUAUGACAUUACCCGGAACGUUCAAUCUCGCAUUCAUGGCAACUGCGUCCUCCCUUACGAGUCUUCCUACAUCUCAUACGGUCAAGAGUGGCAUGAGAAGACAACCCUCGGUCACGAGUAUGGCGUCCACUGCUCGGCCAAUACAUACGCCUGCGAUGUCGAGUAUACAUGGAGCCAUCUCGCAGUUCGCCUCUACGUCGACUACCUGGGAGCGUGCAUCUCUUCCGAUGCCACAGGAGUCCCAUGUGCUCGCCACACUUUUCUUGCCGUUCAUGGGAGCGCCUACAGCGGAUGCGGAGCAGGUAGCACGGGUAGAGAUCGAGAGGGUUCAUGCGAUUGAGACAUUCGAGAUUAUGGUUCAGACCUGGAAGGCUGCAACGCCAGAGGGUGAGCUGCAGCGAUGCAUAUGGUGCUGUAAAGCUGUCAUUGGGGCGUCCAUGUCCACGCAAAUGCGCAUGCGGCUGUUUGCUGCCCUUUCCUCCCGCCUGUUCACCCCAGGCGCGAACUUCAAAGCCAACACACCAUUAAUCUUUCAAACUCUCGUCCAAGAGCUCUUCUCUCUUUUGGCCACAUUAUCGCUUCGGCCUGACACAACACACGCAACACGACAUGUUCGCGAACUCAUCGCAGGAGUACUGCAGGGUUCGUGCGGUGACUUUGAUGGCGCUGCAGUAGAGAAGGAGUAUGGCGUGCCGUUCCAAAGUAGUGAUGCGCAACGAAUUAGAGACUGUGCCGUCGAGUUGGCUCUGGCGAUGUGUGUUGAGAAUGACUCGCCAUCGAAUCAACAAUAUAUUCUGAGAUACCUGCUUCCGGAAUAUUGGCCCGCCACGCCAGAUUCACUUCGAGUAUCCUCGAAUCUAGCGCCCUUGUACCUUCGUCGCUUGCAUCGCCUGUCGCAUUCCCUGCUACAACUCUUCCAUCCACGUCCUCCUUCAAGGGAAGAACUCUCUACGAUCGACCUCCUACUCGAAACUCGCCUCAUUCCCGAAGCAGACCUUAUCGAGGAGGACGCCGCCAUCGAAGUGAAAGCUAUCAUAGCCAAGAUAGCGCUGCAUAUUCUCUGCGUCGAAGGCACGGCAGAGCAUGAUACCGCUAGGUCGUAUGUAGUUCAGUGGUUUGGGCGUGGUGGACAGUGGAAGUUCGCGCUCGAGAAGGCGCUGCAGCAGAUUAUCGAAGGCGGUGACUGGCAUCUCACUCUAGGCGUCUUGACAGUUCUAGUGGAAGAGUUGGCUGAGGACGUUCGUACACCCGUCACCGCCUUUUCCCUCCCGUUGUUAUAUGAGAGGCUCGUCAAGGAUCCUCCUCCUUAUCCCUCACCUACUGCCACUGCGCUCCUUGAGACCAUUGCCCAAGCGUAUCCUAGACUCUUCUACAAGCCGCUCAUCUCAUUGGCAGCAGCCGCCAAAGAUGCCACGUUGACCCAGCAACUUCGCAUCACCGUCACCCUCGCUCGACUCGUGCCUACUUUCUGGAUCCGCGAUCUCGAGAUGAUUACAGCUGCGUUGAUGAGUGACAGUGCCACAUCGAAAACUACGGCCAGCGAAUCGAAUGGGAAGGUUUGGGGCAAGCCGAGGAUCGGCCAGUUGGUCUUGUUUACCGAAAUCAUUGCGUAUGUCAGGGAGAUAGCAAAGGAACGGGAGGAGAAGACGAUGCCUGAGCAAGCUUGGAUACCGCGGGCUACCUUCCUGCUCACACUGGAGUAUAAGCUAGGUCAACUCGUCGAAGCCAAGGAGCGGAUGACCUUUGUACCUUUGCCGCAACGAGUCAUAAUGUCUGUGCUAUUCUAUGAGAUUCGCCUUCUGCUCAGGACGCUCAAGAGUGCCCCGUGGCCCUCUCGCGUGGUCUCGUGGGUUACGGAUAUUCGGACCACUGAUAAUGGCCUGUUAGCUCAGACUGAGCGAGAGGAAGAGUGUACAAGGACCCUCACGAGGUUGUCGGCUCUGUAUAUCGCUGCUCAGGAAGAGCGCCGGCCAGUCACAUCCCGUCGAAGUGCUAUGAUUCUAUCCCCUUCGAUUUCAACAGAAGAUACUCCUAGCCCUUCCGGUCAAACUAAUACAAGAUUUGUCAGCGUGCUCUCCGAAAGGACACAUAUAUUCGACUCAUUCUCCAAGGGACUGCUCAGGAACAGUCUACGUCUUUUUGUGGCGAUCUCUGGCAUGCUGAAUGUCGACGACCACCAGAAAUUGGGCCCGUUAUUAUGGCAAGAUUGUUUGGAUGAACCUGACCAUGAGGUUCAGGCGUCGGCGACCUUCCUCGUCAUGCGAUGCGCAGAACGUAUCCCGGACGAGUUCUUGCAGCUGAUUCGUGCCGACAUUCAUAGUUCCGACAGGAAUGUGCGCUACCGAGCUGCGAGACGGGUCAGUACCCUCUGGGGCUGGAGAUUCCAGGUCUUGUCGCAGCCCUUCAUCCUCGAUAGACAACACCGUCGACCGUUUAAAGUUGCUCGCGGGCCCAUGGCGUUCGUGGCGACAGAUAUGGGUUCCAGUCAUUUCAUAUUGGAGGAAGACCUCGAGGAGGUGAAGGAUAACGACGGUGUCGUAUUGCCCUUGGAACUGAGAAAAAGACUUGCAGAGAUUGGAUGGGCACAAGACGAUCAACCUAUCGAUCAGCGACAGGAGUGGGUCAUGACACCAAUGUCUCUGCUCUCGCUCUCCCAGCUCGACAAGAUUGAUGCGAACACCCUGGACGGAUCACAAAUGCGCUCACCAUCGCCCAGUCCCAGCCCGAGCAUAGAGGGUGGUCUAUCAUCAUCGUCUUCUACCGGAGAAGCAGAUUUGUCGAAACUGGCCAACAAUCCCAACGCUCAUCAUCCGGUCAAACGACGCGCCGUAUUUGUUCCGUUCCUUGCCAGUCUAUUACCUGAGUUGGUCGAUUUGAUACAUGACCCGGAUUACGCCGUAUCGACCGUAGUGCGAAAUACUGUCGUCGACUUCAUGAGGGACGACCCUGCCCUACUCUCUCGCCCUAUCCUCGAUGAACUGUCUAGCGACGGGGAACGAUUCAAAUCGGCGAUUGCGUCACUCCAGCUCUUCAUUCAUACCCAGCGGACUGUGCCUCCGGCUAUGGCCCAUUAUAUCUUCAAUCAUCUGGCAGGCUUCAUGAAGCACAUUUCACGACAGACAGAGGGGCAAGCGGCCUUGGAAGGAUUUGCCGGAUCUGUUCCACUCCUUUCUCAGCUCGUUGACCAUGUCAGUGGCAUGUCCAUGCGCGAAAUUCGCCGAGGGAAAGUCGAGAUUUUCCUCAUCCCUUCCGGAGCACUUUGGUUUCCCUCGGUCGCACCUGUGGGUCCCAUGUACCCUAGGUCACUUCACGACGCCCCACGGACCAUCCCCCACGCUGUGCCUCUUCGUCUGGCCCAGAUCACGAUGGUACGAAUCGCGCAGAAUGUAUUCCUUUUGAACAUCCUCAAACGAAAUCCUCAAGAGGUGCAGAAUAUUAGGAAGACCAUGAGCCGACUCGUACUGCCGUCACUAGACGCCGGAUCUGAACCUCCUCUCACGAAAUUCGAUGACUACGCUCCUCGUGCAUCUCACAAGGCCCCAAACUCUGCAGUUUCUGGACUCUCGCUCAUUCUUUCCCGAAGCUAUAUCCUUCUCGUCGCGCAGAUCUUCAGAUCGCUGCCUCGCCACCUGAACGACCGUGCGGAACUCGCCACCUUGGCGGAUGGGCUGAGUCGGAUUCUGCUUGCUCAUGGGGACGACAUCGGCAUAGUGAGCCAGGCUCUCAUAGCCUUUCUGGUCGCAGCUACUCGUUUCCGCCGGCUGUUUACGUCCAGUGGUGGCUACACUGUGUUCAUGCCUGCAGUCCUGAAGGUCUAUACCGAAUCCUACGCUAAUCCAGGGAUACGAGGCGCCAUCGAAUAUGCUGUAAAUCGAUUCUACGCCUACCACGAGGACGCGUUCGUUUUCCAGAGCCUUGACGUUGUAUCGCACGUUAUGAUGCUUCCGGAUGUCGAUGGAUCGUGGGUGGCGAGACACAUCUAUGCGCUCUUUUCCACGCUCAAGAACGGCGCCCCGCUGUCUGCUCCCGACAUUGCCGGCAUUCACGACUCGAAUAAGAAACAAGAACGAGAAGCGAUGUUGGUCAACACUGCAGAAGAUAAGCCCCAAGCGUUCUUAAACCUUCUCCGUCGUACUGGUCCACAAGGCGAGCAUAUCGACGUUGCCGUCCCGGAUCAGUACGAAGGCCGGCGCCUAGCCCUGGAUAACCUUGUCCGGCUGUUCUUGACUGUUAUUGGCCAUGACCCAGGAAUCAAGCGAGCAGAGCAGUUCUUGCGACUUCUGCGAUACAUGGCUCCCAGCCUCUACAACGCCUCUACCUCGGCGCGGACGGUGCUCCAGGAAGGAAUUGACGCCCUUUGCGUUAUCUUCUUGACCCGCAGUGCGGGACGUAAAGUUCCUGAAAACGUUCAGCUCCGCCCGGACAACUCCAUGAGUUUCGAGGUAUUUUCGGAAAGUACGGGCGCCAGUAAGGACUUCCUGGGAAAGUCUAGAGGACCAAGCGAUCUAGGCGCGAUGCGACUGGACUACCUUUCUGUCGUUUCUGCCUUUACAAGUGCUGGUGGGUUCGUCGGAUCCCAGACAUCGCAGCGGAUCAUAGAACUUGUAAAGGUCAUCCUUCGAGAGGGUAGCAGAGAGGGCAAUGACGCCGUUGCCGACUUCGUGUCAACUUACACCCGGGAUUCACUCAUUCGUGAACAAGAUCUCCGACUCAAGCACGUAUUGGGAUUUCUGAAUGACAUCGCUCCCGUUUUCAAGGUCUAUGCGUCCAUAGUCGAUUUCUCCAGUGUUUUGGAUACCAUCACACAGUUGGCCAGCAAGCCUGUCUAUGCCAACGAGGCCGCCUUCUCCCGACAGAUCGUCUCCCAGUUCUGUGUAGUGGGGUUAGAGGUCUGCGAGCUAGCAGCCUCCGAAAAUCUUUUAUUCACCCUACCCCUCCGACAUGCGCUUGUGAAACUCCUUUGCCAGUCCAUACUGUUCCUAGGAACAGAUAUUAUCGCUGAAUUGGAAAAACGUCCAGUCACCUACGCGUACUUGGCCGGAAUUAUUUUCCCCUUGGCUCUUUCUCUUCCUACCACAUCCGACAUCGUCAACGAUCUUCAAUGGACAAACCCUGUGCAACGCGCCGCGCCCUCACGUGUAUGGACUCGUCUCCUCUUCUUCAUGAUGAACGCCUCUCGAAAAUCGGAGUCUCCUGCAAGCGAGAACCGUCGGACAUCCCUCAACCUUGAGCGAACUAAAUCCCAGGAUAAACGCCGCUCCCAAACGAUUCCUACACCAGCCGUAUCACUCUGCAUCUCGUUGCAGAUCAUCAAGGUCAUAGUUGUUCGUGCAGGCGACGAUAUUUCGAAGGCACUCCCGGGGAUUUGGGUCCAAAUUGGUAUAUUCCUCAAGUCUCUCCUGACCGAUGGUGGAGCCACCUUCGCUACACAGAACGACCGAGGCUCCGAACCACCAUCUCCCUCGCGAUCGCCUGGGCUUACGCCCCUCAACCUCGAUGACCAUAACCCGUUCACCCCUACAUCCUCGCGGCCGGCAUCCCCUCUGAGCGCCAAACCGUCUUUCUCUCAACCGCGUGUUAUCGAUUAUCUCCUGUGGUCAAUGUUGGAGUUCAUCUGCCUUUAUCGAUGCCCUCUGCUCCUUCAGACCCGGAUCCUCAUGCUCGAGAAGGUCACGGAACUUGACCAUCAUCUCCAAAAACAGAACGAGCAUUCCCCCCAAACCAACCGGUUAUCCUUUUCCUCCGUAUACUCCAAGCCUCGUCGACGAUCAGGACUUUGGUCGGCGGGGGCGACACCGGAGCAUUCUCCUCUGCUUAUGCCCUCACCGUCUUUUCCUUCUGACGGUCUCUCGGGGUCGCAACGCACUCCGGAGCGCCAGCCUGGGUACGCACGAUUCGCAAGCCCCUCAUCACCCACUGCUACGGACUUCGCGGCUGCAGGAGUCCCAAAAAUCGUUCACUUGGGACCCGUCCAUUCCACCGAGACGUCUAUGUUUCGUCGUUCUCUGUCACCGAGCGGAGGUGGAUCCGCGGCUGCCGUUGCUCGUUUGCGCCUAUUAGCCAAGUCUACCACCGUGAAGUCCCUGAGCCUUGUGAGAGCGACCUAUCGACGGAUACGGACCGUCCAGCACGUUAUGGGAUACUCUGGGACGAUGUUGCCGCCAGUUGAUGGCUUUGAUGACGGGGCCACAGCUCAUAGGUCGUGGACGAAGGCCUCGGCGUUGGCAACGACCGUUGAGGAGAUGAAGGAUCUGAUGGACGAGUUCGCGGAGACCUCUGGAGAUGAUGACGAUGACGGGAUCAUGCUUGAUGCUGAUCCAUCCUUUUCAGGGUAGAGAAAUGCUAGAGCCUGCUAGAGCGC